CUUCAAAUGACUAGGUGAGUUUGACAACACAACUCGUCAUGUAAAUGAAAUAGACUCUGCAAGAGAAAAACAAACGACAAACUCGGUUUUGACUUCUAAUAUGAGCUUCAAUUGGAGUAUUUAGACUGUACAGUUUUGCUAACUUCCUCUGGUGUCGAUGCUAUGGCUUCUUUGUGUAACUUGACAGCUUAAUUUGAGGAGGUAUCGUCCUGUUAAGUACUGCUGCAAAGUCACUAUUCUCCAGCACGGAAGGUGUUUGAGAAAAGGCCCAGCUGAAUAACUAAACAGGUAUUGUUGGUCUAUCUUUCGUCUUGUGUUGCCAUCCUUUGUUGUAAUUUUGGCCCAUCUUUCUGAUUUAGCAUCCAGAAUUUAAAUGGUGAUCUUUGCUAAACUGUUGAACUUGCUUCGUGUCCCAUUCUUACAAUGAUGAAGGGUAUGACAUGCGACUUUAGUACUGAAAGCGUUUGCCUUAAUUCAAUGCCAUGCGUCCAAUUGCUUGUUUUGGAUUAAUUGCGAGUCUCCAUGGGUUAGGAGGCCUUUAGGUGUCUGAUAUAUGUUCAAUUGUUCACUGAUUCGUUCUUUAUGCUUUCUUAGGUGGGUUCAUGGUAAUUUCUGAUGGCAUCAUGGAGAACGAAGAAAAGACUGAGCUUGCCGGGUUUCUGAAAACUUUACCCCCUGUAGAGUUUUGUUGUGUGUAUGGUUCCACGCUCCAUCCAAAUAACUCUGACAAGUCUUCAAUGGUGGAUUAUAUCCUUGGCGUGGCAGAUCCUGUGAAAUGGCAUUCAGAGAAUCUGGAAUUGAAUAGAAGUCAUUAUGCCUCGUGGAUGGUUCACCUUGGGGGAGCAAAACUGAUCACUGAAGUUGCAGAUGGCAUCGGUGUAGGAGUGCACUUCAACCCUUUUGUUACUUGGAAUGAGAAGAUGCUCAAAUAUGGGGUUGUUAGAAUGCAUGAUCUGGUUGAAGACGUUCUAAAUUGGCAGAGGUUUUACAUAAGUGGUCGAUUACAGAAACCAGUUCGUGUACUUCUGGACAAUUUGGAUGUUGAGAAUUUAAAUGCCGCUAAUCUCAGGGCUGCAGUCGCUGCUGCUCUCCUCAUUUUACCAUCUAAAUUCAAUGAGGAAGAUCUAUAUUCGACGAUAUGUAGCCUGUCCUACAUGGGUGACUUACGUAUGCUUUUCGCAGAGGACAAAAACAAGGUUAAGAAAAUUGUGCAAGGACAAUUCAAUUUGUUCCGUUCAAUGUAUAAGCCAUUCAUUGAAGAAUACGAGGCAAAGGAGAUACUAAGAGUAUCUUCAAUUGGUGGACAACAAAAGUCUCUCUCUCAGGACUAUUGUCUGCCAGCAACACGGUCUCUUGUUUGCUCUCUACCUCCGCUGAUCAGAAACAAACUGGGGACACAGCUAGGAGAGCAGAAGAUAAUUGGCGAUUCAAGUCGGGUUGUACAGGAAGUAGUCUUCAGUUCAAGAGAAGAGGCUGCAAGAAGCAUGCAGAAGGUGGUGAGGCGUACAGUAAUGGUUUCCAGCUUAAGGCAGGCAGUCUCUGGGGUCGUGGCUGCCGGAGGAAUGAAUGCUGGUAGAUACCUUGCCAAUAAAGUGCGCAAGGCUUGGAAAUCAUGGACAUAGUACAUCACCACAUCAUUCAAACCAGUUACCCUUCAUUCUUUUCUCAUGUUUCUUCCAACUCUAGAAUUUGGAUACCUUGGUACCUUUUUCACUCUUUUGGCUACAAACUUAUACAGUAGGUUAGGUGCCUGAAAUGUUGAAAAUUAGCGACACAACAAUGGCAUACUUGUAUCUGCAGUCUGCUGGCCAUUUUUCAUUUUGUUAUCAGUUCAUUGUUUCUGUAAGUGACAAUUUGGCUGCAGCCUCCAAGUAAUCCAUCAAGUCAGGAGAGCAAGCUGAACUUCUGUAGACUAAUGAGUUUCUACUGGCCGUCACUAGGAUGUAGUUGAUGCCUCAACUAUUGCAGAAUUUAUAUAUGGCAUGGUAAAUACAAUAUAUUAGCCACA